AUGUCCUGCUCACUGGGAUUCGCCGUCAGUAAAUAUAUAUUACCAACUCCAGCUGUUGUCCGUUUGAUGCUUCCAGCACUCUUCCUCUCCCUCCUCAUCCUCACUUCCGCAGCAGAUGCCCGCCACGUCCACUUCAACAUCCAGCAUCCCCUCCUCCUCGACCAGUAUCCCACCCCGACACCCAUAUCGCAGUCCCUGCUAGCCAGACCCACAACAGUGUACCGCCCUCGGGAUCCCGCAGCACUCGACCGCGCGCGCAUACGGUCUCUGCGAUAUGGCCAGUCAGAGCCUCUGGAAUGGUACGAGAAGGAAGUCUUGGCUCCGGAUAUCGAAGAUCGACAUACGAUCGAGCAGUUGGCGAGGAUGGCGGGGAAUGCAUAUGCAUUACCUGGCCAGAAGAACUGGUACGAUGUGGACACAGCUUGGAACACUAGUUUCCCGUUCGGCUGGGAGGACCAUGCAAACGGCUUCAGGGGCAACGUUUUCCUCUCUUCAGAUAACUCAACGGUCGUCCUAUCAAUCAAGGGGACCACGAUACAAGGCCCAACCUCCAAGAAAGAUAAAUUCAACGACAACCUGCUGUUCUCCUGCUGCUGUGCCCGAGUCGACUUCUCUUGGGUAUUCCGAACCGUGUGCGAUUGCUACGCCAACCAUUGGAAGUGCGACGAUACCUGCUUAUCUGAUGCACUUAUCCAAGACAGUUUAUUCUACACAACCGGUGUCAAACUUGUCAUGGAUCUCACCUUCCUCUACCCAUCCGCCAAUAUCUGGCUGGUGGGUCACUCACUGGGCGGAUCGCUAGCCUCCCUCCUCGGCGCAACAUUCGGUCUCCCGGCUAUCGCGUUCGAGGCGCCGGGCGAACGGCUCGCUGCCCAACGAUUACAUCUCCCCCUCCCACCCCCCGUGUCCUCCCCCAACUCCACAUCUCCCCCUUCUCCCACUGCAUCCCUGCUCCCUAACAUACCGCGGAGACGAAUCCCCAGCACCGCACCGCUCCCCGUCACCCAUAUAUACCACACGGCCGACCCGAUUCCGCAGGGUACGUGCACCGGUCCGCUCUCCCCUUGUGCCCAAGGCGGGUAUGCGUUAGAGACGCGGUGCCACUUGGGGAAGAGCAUCGUGUAUGACACAGUGGGUGUGUUGGGGUGGAGGGUGGAUAUACGGAAGCAUGUUAUAAGGGAGGUUGUCGAGAAGGUGCUUGGCUGGGAGGAUGGAUGGCCUGAUGAAGAUGCUGAAGGGGAGGCGGCGUCCGAGACGGAGAUGUAUAGGAUUACUGGUGUUUUCCGUUGGGUCAAGAAGAUCUGGUGGGGUUGGGGCGGCAAGAAGCAUAACAGCUCUGACGAUGGAGAGCGCCCUCCUCCUCCCCCUCGACUUCGAGAUGUGCCACGCGCGAAGGAAGAGGUCGACUGUACAGAUUGUUUCAAAUGGGAGUUCGGUCAUUUCAAGGACGUUCCACCCCCCGAAGACUUUAACCCGAAGACCAUUGACAUAUGA